AAUCUGCAGUGUGACGGAAACUUGCCAGUCGACGCCUGACAGUUGCCCGGCGCGGACGCCAUUGCUCGCGUCAACGUCUAUCUUAUCUAUGGUGCAAGCUGAAGCAUCAAAGUGAACAAGAUAAAAGUGUAAUAAUUAAUCUGUGGCGAACGGUGUUGCCAACCUAAUGAGAACUUUGUGCUGAGUGUUGCCGCAUAACAAAAAUGCAGCGGCAACUGAGUAACGUUAGUGUUUAUUCGUACCAGGAUUAUCAACCUUCGAGAAAAUAUGGGCAACAGUAUGAACCGGGCGGUUACGCGACGGCGGUGCAGCAGCGAACGAAUAUGACACAAAGAGAGGACGCCCUGAAGUUCGAGCAGGGUCGCAUCAAAGCGCUGCAAGAAGAACGGCUGCAUAUACAGAAGAAGACUUUCACGAAAUGGAUCAAUUCGUUCUUGCAAAAGGCGCGUAUGGAAGUAGACGACCUGUUCGUCGAUCUAGCAGACGGUCGAAGACUCCUGAAGUUGCUGGAGAUAAUCAGUGGGGAGCGACUGCCCAGGCCCAACAGUGGGCGUAUGAGGGUCCACAAAAUUGAAAAUGUCAACAAAAGCUUGAGUUUUCUGCAUACUAAGGUGCGCCUGGAGUCCAUCGGAGCUGAAGACAUAGUGGACGGCAACCCUCGCCUGAUCCUCGGUCUGAUAUGGACCAUCAUCUUAAGGUUCCAGAUCCAGGAGAUCGAAAUUGAUGUUGACGAAGAAAAUGAAUCCUCAGAGAAGAAGUCAGCCAAAGAUGCCCUGCUCCUCUGGUGUCAGCGUAAGACCAGUGGCUACCAUGGAGUCCAUAUACACAACUUCACAGACUCCUGGAGAUCCGGUCUUGGAUUCAACGCGCUCAUCCACGCUCACAGACCAGACCUCUUCCGUUGGUCAGAAGUCCCAGCUACAGACCAUGUGGAGACUCUGAACCAUGCCUUCGACGUGGCCCACAAACACCUGGGCAUUCCUCGUCUGCUGGACGCUGAGGAUGUGGACACCAGCCGUCCUGACGAGAAAUCAGUCAUGACAUACGUGGCGUCCUACUACCAUACAUUCGCCAGAAUGAAGAACGAACAAAAAAGUGGCCGGAGAAUCGCCAAUAUAAUUGGCCAAAUGAUGGAUUGUGACGACCGUAAAGGCGAAUACAGCAAACUAUUCAGCAAGCUACUGGAAUGGAUUCUCCUGAAGAUACAGGAGCUGAACGGGAGGGAGUUCCCUAACUCCUUGGAUGGAAUACAACGAUUAUUAUUGUCUUUCAAGCAGUACAGAACUGUUGAGAAGCCGCCCAAGUACAAGGAGCGGUCAGAAAUCGAAGCUCUAUACUUUGACAUCAAUACUAUGCAGAAGAGUCUCACGGGAGAAGCCUGGGCUCCACUCGAAGGUCAGCUGCCUCAGGACCUGGAGAGAGCCUGGCAACAGCUGGAACAGGCGGAGCAUGCUCGCGAGAUCGCGCUAAGAACAGAACUACUUAGACAACAGAGAUUGGAACAACUGAACUACAAGUUUAAUACUAAAUCAGUUCUCCGUAAAGGCUACCUGAAGGAGAUGAUCCAGGUGCUCUCCGACCCUCGCUACGGCUCCAACCUGGCCCAGGUCGACGCUACCGUGAAGAAACAUGAAGCUAUCUCUGCUGAUAUACUGGCUAGAACCGAACGUUUCGAGGACCUCUCAGCAAUGGCAGCAGAACUAGUCCGGGAGAACUACCACGGGGCUGAAGCUGUCUCCAGGACGGAACAGGCGGUGCUGGCCAGGUGGAACGAACUCCUGGAACUGCUGGAGAGGCACCGAAGCUCCUUGGCUAAGCUGGCUCAUCUGAUGGCGCUGUUAAGGGAAGCUGAUACUGUUGGACAUACUCUCACUGAAAUGAAGGCACAAUUCCAAUCCGAGGAAGUAGGCCGCCAUCUAGUCGACGUCGAACGCUUGUUGCAAGCGCACGCUCUCCAGGAACUACAGCUGGGCGCGUUAGAUGAAACUAUUCGUCGGCUCGUCAGGCAGGGAGCUAGCGCUGAUGGAGCAGCUCAGCCUAAACAACAGUUGACGCAGCAGUUGACGCAGUUGACACAUGAUUAUGACAGCUUGGUGGCCGCUGCCAAGGACCGUAAAGCGAGACUAGAAGACGCCAGGAACCUGUACCAGUUCCUGGAAGACCAUGAUGAGGAAGAAGGCUGGGUGACAGAGAAACAGCGCAUAUGUCGCACAGAAGUCGCAGCGAAGGAACUUCGCGCCGUACUGGCGCUGAGGCAGAAACACACCGCCUUACUGCAUGAGCUGCGCGCUAGAGAUCAUGUCUCGCAGCGACACAGGGCCAAGGGGCAGAGCCUAAUCGACGCUAAACACCCUAAAUCAGCCGAGAUUGAGCGUCGCCUAACAUCGUUGAACAAACAGUGGCAAAUACUUCGCGAGCUCGCCGCCGCCAGGGAGAAGCAGCUAGCUGAUGCUGCAGAAGCUCACCAGUUCUACGGCGACGCGAACGAAGCUGAAUCUUGGAUGAAGGAGAAGCGCCCCCUGGUGGCGACGGACGACUGCGGGCGCGACGCGCCGUCUGCGGGCGCGCUGCUGGCGCGGCACAAGGUGACGCACGACGAGCUGCGCGCGCACGCCGCCGAGCUGCUCGCCCUGCGCGCGCACGCAGACCGCCUGCACGCCGCCGGCAUCACGUGCCUACAGCUACCAACAGAAGUGGAGUCCUCUCCAGCGAUUGAGGAGGAGGAAUGGGUAAACGAAUCCAGACUGGUGCCCACUGAAGUCUGGGAAGAGGAACCGGUGGAGCGGCUGGAGCAUAGAACUGUGACUGAGGAGAGGAGCGUGCCACAGGUGAAAGCCCUCUACGCCUUCACAGGGCAGGGUAUAUCGAUGCAGAAGGGCGAAAUUAUGUUUUUGAUAAAUAAGACCAACCCGGACUGGUGGUCCGUGCGCAAGGCUGACCGGACUGACGGGUUCGUCCCCGCUAACUAUGUCAGGGAAAUCGAACCUCGAGUUGUUCCUGUCCAAGUUCGUCGUCCCGAAAAGGUCCGAACAGUCCAGCGGGUAAAGAAGACGGUGCUCGUGAAACAAGUCGUUCCUGUCAAACGCAACAAGCCGGCCGCCAGGCGCGCCAGCCGGGCUACCAUACCGCAGCCCAGGACCGCCAGCGUCGAGACCAGGAUGGAGGAGAUACAGAAGGACUAUGAUGAACUCCUAACCCUCUCCGCGGCUCGUCGCGCACAGCUAGAAGACGCCAUCAAGCUGUACAGCUUCUUCGCAGAGUGUGAUGACUUCGACAAAUGGAUCAAGGACAAAGAGAAGAUGUUGCGGGCUGAUGAUGCUGAUGAUAGCGUGGACACUGCUAAGAGGAAGUAUGAGAAAUUCGUCACUGACCUAUCAGCAGCGUCAAAGCGCCUGGAACACAUCGAUGCUGCAGCGGAAGAGCUGGUGCAGGCCAAACACAGCCAGGCAGGACGAGCCACUGCCAGGCGACAGCAACUCAGACAGCAGUGGGAGAGGCUGCUGAGACUGAAGCAGCAGAAGGAGAAGAGCUUGGAGGGAGCUUCUAGCGUGGAACUGUUCAGCCGGACCUGUGAUGAGGCCCUCGACUGGAUGGCAGAGAAGGAACAGCAGUUGGCAGCGAGUUCGGCCCCCGCCGCCGACCUCAGGACUGUCCGGGCGCUGCAGCGGAGACACGCCCAGCUUGAGAGGGAACUGGAGCCUGUUCGAGAGAAAGUCAAUACUAUUAGUCUGCUAGCCGACUCAGUCAAAUCGCAGUACCCCAACGAGCGAGGCAACGUAGAAGGCAGACAGAAGGAGAUACAGCAGAUGUGGGAGAGAUGUCAGGCUCAAGCGGCAGAGAGAAGGAGUCGCCUAGAGUCGGCCGUCGGACACCAGAUCUUUGGAAACAGCUCCGCUACGUUAACGCAUUGGAUGCAGAAAGUCCGCGAGCAACUAGCCCAAGAGUCGAACGCUAAAGACGUCGCCACCGCAGAGGCGUUACACAAACAACAUCAGGAACUGAUGGACGAUAUCAAAGCACACGACGAUGAAUUUAAAGAAGUGAUAGCUCUGGGCAAGCAGUUGUUGGCCAACAACCCAGCUCUCACCGACGUAGCGGACAAGAUCAAGAGUUUAGAGACUGAUCAUGAUGCUGUUAUUAAAGAAUGGCACGAGAAGGACGCGUACCUGAAGCAGCUAGUCCAGCUGCAGAGCUUUAACCGCGAGUGCGACCAGAUCGACGCGUCCACUGGCGCGCAUGAAGCCUAUCUAGAGUACAAGCAGUUUGGAUUUGUUGCGGCCACAGAGGAGUUACAAAACUGGAUUCAAGAUAAGACUAGAACUGCUAAGGAUCAGAGCUAUAGGGACCUAGCAAACUUGGAGCGGAAACUACAGAAGCACGAAGCAUUUGAACGAGAGCUGCAAGCCAACGAGAAACAACUACGCAAUGUUGAAAGUAUCGGCCAAUCACUUCAGAAAUCAGACCCGUCCCGAGCGUCUGAAGUAUCAGAGCACCUCUCCGGUCUCCAGACCGCGUGGGAGGAACUGGUGGCUGCUUCUAGGGACAAGGGAAGCAAGCUGAGACAGGCUGCUCAGCAGAGGAAACAUAGAAGAUCUGUAGAGGACGCGAAGGCUCGUCUCAUUGACUUGGAGAGACAGCUCAAGAGCGAGGAGUUUGGCACCGACCUCAGGAGCUGUAAGCGAUUGCUGAAUCAACAUCAGGCCCUAGAACAAGAGCUAUCCCUCUGGGAGAACAAGGCCGGGGCCCUAGCGGCUCAGGGCGCAGACCUAGUCUCCGGCGGACACUUCGACGCGGAGGCUAUUGAGAGGGACUCCGCCGCAUUACUCAAAGCUGUCAGAAGUCUACAACCUCCAGCUGCUACAAGACGACAAGCGUUGGAGAGUAGUUUGCAACUCCACAAAUUCGCAGCAGAAGUAGCGGGUGAAUUAGACUGGCUAUCCGAACGAAGUGCUGCGGCAUCUUCGGAAGUGAUGCCGACAGACCUACACGCCGCGCAGUCCGCGCAGAAGAAGCACGCGAAGCUCAAAGCUGAGCUUCUAGGAAGAAGGCCAUUGAUUGAGAGGGUUAUUGCGCAUGGAAAUAAAUUGGUGGAGGAGGGACAUCCGCAGAGGGAGAAGAUUGAAUCCCUCUGCGACCAGCUAGAAGCAGGUUACACCUCAGUGUCGGAAGCCGCAGAAAGUCGCGGCGCAAAACUCGAGGCCGCACUGAAGGCGCAGCAGUUCAUGCACGACGCGCUGGAGGUGGACGCCUGGCUCGCGGACAAGGCGGCCGCGCUCGCGCACGCCGACCUGGCCAAGGAUAGACACAGGGCUACGCAUCUCUUGACCAGGCAUAAGGCCGUAGAACUAGAACUGGACACAUACGCGGCCAUAAUAGCUGAGAUGGGCCACGUGGCCACAUCCAUGGCCAACGGUGGACACCCGGAGGGCGAGGCCCUGCUGGCCAGACACGCGCUGCUGGCUGAGAGUCUCGCGAGACUGCAGAGACUGGCCGCGCAGAGACAGAAGGCUCUCGUUGAGAGUGUUUGCCGAAUGAUCCUCCGUUCAAAAUUCGACGAGCUCCGUCAUCGUGUAGAGAGCGGCGCGGAACGAUUCAACCAGUGCGAAGAACUUGCCAAGAAACUCUUGGCCACUGAGAGCCCGUACAUAGGAGAUAUUGAGAAACGACAGGAGGCACUUGGAGAAUGGUGGCAGCGUCUGGUGGAGCAGAUGGAGUCCCGCGCGUCCCGGCUGCACGCGGCGGGCGAGAUCCACCGCUUCCACCGCGACGUGGGCGAGCUGGCCGAGCGCGCCGCCGACGCCACGGCCGCGCUGGCCGCGCCGCCCCGUCCGCGCGACCUGCGCGCCGCCACCGCCGCCCUGCGCGCGCACGACGCCAUGCAGAACGACUUGCUGGCCAUCGACGCGCAGAUGCAGGUCCUCCUAGAAGAAGGCAACCGUCUCCAGAAGCUGUACCCUGGCGGCAACGUGCAGCAGAUAGAGUUGCAGCAGAAGGCGCUGGAGGACGCCUGGAGCACGCUGCGGCACGCGGCCGACGAGAGGAGACACACGCUGCAGCAGUAUCUACAGCUGCACCAGUUUUUGACACAGGUCCGCGACCUAACGUCCUGGUCGGUGUCGCUGCGGUCGUCGAUGUCGGGUCCGCUGCGGGUCCGCGACGCCGUGUCGGCCCAGAGCGCGCGCGCCGAGCACGACGCCGUCCGCGCCGAGCUGGACGCCAGGGACGACUCCUUCAGGGAUGCUCUCAACAUGGGCCGGGAGUUGGCUACACAACAUCCUAAUGCUGCUGAAGUAGAAGAAAAAUGCGAAGCCCUACUAGAAGAACGCAACCGCUUACACGGCGCCUGGGCAGCCAGACAGGUCGCUCUCGACCAGCUCAUUGACCUCCACUGCUUCCUGAGAGACGCCAAGCUCUUACACGAUCUGUGUGCUACCCAGGAAGCUACGCUGAGCACUGAAAUAUCACAAACGAGCAGUGUAGAGGAAGUAGAAAACCAACUAAAGAAGCAUGAAGCGUUUGAGAAACUGCUCGCUACACAGGACGAGAAGCUAGCGACCCUGAACAGCCACGGAGACAAGCUGCUGCAGCAGAACCACGUCGAGAGCCAACGGAUCGCUGACGAGCUACAACAUAUCAAUGACAGGAGGAAGAAGCUAUACGCAGAAUCAGCUCGUCGUCGUGCGGCGUUGGUCCGUUCCCGUGCGCGUGCGCAGUUUGCGCGCGACGCGGCCGAGGCGCGGGGCUGGGUCGCCGACAAACUCAACAAACUGGCGGCUGAACAUCAACAUGGCGAAGUAACAAACCUAGAAGACAAGAUCAAGAAGCUACAGAAACACCAGGCCUUCACCGCCGAGCUGGCUGCGAACAGAGCUCGUCUGCAGGAAGUACAACUCCUCGCUGAACAGCUGCGACCUGAUGCUGAGGUGGAGAAGCAGCUGCAGGAGCUACAGGCUGACUGGCAGAGGCUGGAGACUGCUACUGAACAACGAGGACGAGGCCUAGAAGAAGCGCAAGACAUCUUGGAAUUCAACCAGCACUUAGACAAGAUAGAAGCCUGGAUUCGUGAUAAAGAGAUGAUGGUCCAAGCUCACGAGCUGGGCCGGGACUACGAGCACUGCAGCGCGCUACUGAGGAAGCUGGACGACAUGGACAGCGACAUGAAGGUCGAUGACAGAAGGGUCAAGAGCAUUUGUGCCCUCGCUGACAAACUGCUGCAACAGGGCCCGACUCAACAAGCGGCCGCAGUUUCCCAGCGUCGCGACGCCUUCCUCGCAAAAUGGCACGCCCUGUCCGGAGCCCUGCAGACAUAUAGAGAUAACCUGUCUGCUGCAUUAGAAAUACACUCGUUUAACAGGGACGUAGAAGACACAGCAGAGCGUAUAUCCAAGAAAGCAACAUUGUUCAGUAGCGCCGAGAGAGGGCGCGAGCUGACUGCUGCGCAGGAGUUGAAGCGCAGACAUCUGGCCAGGGCGGCCGAGGCAGGAGCUAUUAGGGAUAAGAUACAGCAGUUGGAGGGAGAAGGCAGGAGUUUGACGCAGAAAUACCCAGAACGUGCGAAAGAGAUAGAGAAGAGCCUCCACAGUCUCCGCGAGGGCUGGGAACAGUUACAGGAGUUGGCGGCCAAACGUACUGCGUUACUUGACGAAGCCAUCGCCGAACAUAAGUUCGAUGAGAACCUUAAGGAAUUGGAGCUAUGGGUAUCGGAAGCAGUCAAGCGCAUGGACGAGACAGGAGCGCCGGAGACUGUGUCUGAUGCUGAAGCGCUUCUAGAGCUGCAUCAUGAGAAGAAGGCUGAAAUCGACGGCCGCCAGAAAGCCAUCGGCUCACUCCAGAAGGAAGCUGAACAGGUUCCCGAGAAGGUGAAACGAGUGGAAGUACUCUCCAGCACCUUGGACCAGGCCUGGCUGAAGAGGAAACAGUAUUUGACACAGGCGCAUCAAUUACAACUGCUGAAAGAGCAAGCGAGACAAACAGAGGACUGGCUUGCUUCUAAAGAGGCGUUCCUGAAUAAUGACGACCUUGGAGAGAACUUGGACGCUGUAGAAACUCUGAUCCGCAAACACCUGGAGUUCUCGAAACUCCUUCACAGCCAGCUCGGUAGAGUCGACGAGCUGCAGAAGUUCGCAGCCAGCAUGUUGGAAGAUCAGCACUUCGACAGAGACUAUGUGGAGACCAGGUUGAAGACCAUCCUGAAUAGACGAGACAAACUUGUGGAAUCCUGUGAGCAACGCGGUGAGAUUUUGGAACAGUCUCGUCAGCUACAUCAGUUCUUGAGGAACCUGUAUCAUGAGAGGGAAUGGAUCUCGUUGAAGAUGCAGAUUGCUAACGAUCAGAAUUACAGAGAGCUAUCGAACCUGCAAAGCAAGAUACAGAAGCACGCGGCUUUCGAAUCUGAGCUGGCCGCGAACAAAGGACGCAUCGACGAUGUCGCUAACCAUGGGGAAACUCUAAUAGAGGGUAAACACUACGCUUCACAGGAGAUCGCCAAACACGUUGAGGAACUAGAAAACCAGUGGCGAGAACUACAGGCCGCCGCCAAGCUCCGUCGCGAGCGUCUCCAAGAAGCGUAUCAAGCCAGGGUGUACCUCCGAGGGCUGGAUGACUUCACAGCAUGGCUCGAUGAUGUGGAGUCACAGCUACUUAGCGAGGAUCAUGGCAAAGACCUAGCCUCAGUCACGGCGCUGCUGAAGCGUCACUCCAGGCUGGAACAACAAGUGUCGAGUAAGACGGACUCUGCCACGCAACUGGCCGACAAUGCCAGGCAGCUGGCAGACAGCAACCAUUUCAUGGCUGAUGAAAUACUGAAGAAGGCUGACCAUGCUGUUAAGAGAUACCGUCAGCUUCAAGAGCCGAUGCAGAUCCGUCGCGACAACCUGGAGGACGCUGCGCUACUACAUCGCUGGGACAGAGACGCUGAUGAGGAGUUCCGCUGGUUACGAGAGCGCGAGUCGGCAGUAAGACAAGAAGAAGCAGGUUCGACGCUCGCCGAAGCACAAGCAAUGCUCAAGAAGCAUCUUGCUUUGGAAGCUGAAUUACUUACAAGGGAACCAAUUAUAAAGGCGUUAGUAACUCGCGCCGGUCAACUAUCGCGCCGCGGUCACUUCGCGUCGGCGGCUUUAGACGCGCGAUCACGCGACCUAGCCGCCGCACAUCGCGCGUUGGUCGACGCCGCCGCCAUCAGGACCGCGCUUAUACGCGACCGCUGUGAAUUGUUACAGCUUAUCUCAGAAAUAACAGAAGCAGAAGCCUGGCUUUUAGAACGUCGUGUAGCGCUCGUAUCAGGCGAUGUAGGACGGGACGAGGAUUCAGCAUUGGCGCUCGUCAGGAGACUGGACGCCCUGCAACGGGAGGUCACUGGGUUCGACGCCACUAUUGUCAAGUUGGAGAAAACUGCGGCCGGUUUGGUGGAACGUUCUACGAUCGACGGUGAUCAGCUACAGAAGCGCAUAGCCGAGCUGAAGACGAUGCAUGAAGAGAUGAAACUACUCUCCGCCAAGCGACAACAGCGGCUGCAACAGAGCUUGAAAUAUUUCAAGUUCGUCCAAGAGUGUGAGGAAGUACAGGAAUGGAUCAGUGAACAGAUGACGACGGCUGCCAGCGAGGAGUACGGACUCGACGUCGAACAUGUCGAGACAUUGCAGCAAGCGUUCGAUAACUUCCUCGCUCAGUUACAAGCAAACGAGGGUAGGAUAGAAGGAGUCUGUGAAGCAGGCACUGUACUUCUAGAAGAAAAUACGCCAGAGGCAGACAGAGUGAAACAGAGGAUAGAUGACAUCAAGGGACUGUGGGAUGAUCUUAAGGAAUUGGCGCUGGCUAGGCAGGAGGCGUUAGCAGGUGCCCGCCAAGUCCACGAAUUCGACCGCUCAGCCGAAGAGACAGCCGCCUGGGUUGCUGAGAAGGACUCCGCCCUCGGCAGCGAAGCCCUACCACCUCGGUCACUACAUGAGCUUCACGCACAGAAGAGAAGUCUUCAUGCUCUGAGGGCUGAUCUGGAUGCUAUUAAGGCAGCUCAUGAUAAACUGCAGGAGGAGGCUGAGAGGCUGGGUACAGCAUUCCCAGACGCGAAGGAACACGUGUCCGCCAAAUUGGAGGAUGUCACCGAGUCCCUGCAGGCGUUGGUACAGCGAGCUGAUCAAUGCAAUCACCAGCUGGAACUGGCUGGACAGCUGCAGGCUUACUUCGACACUUACCAGGAAUUACUAGCAUGGACCAACGAGACCCUAGCCCGUGUGACGGCGCCCGACCUCGCCACCGACGUGUCGGGGGCGGAGCGACUCCUGGCCAGGCACCAGGACAUCAAGGUCGAGAUAGAGGCCAAGGAGGAUGCCUUCCAGACACUGUACAGUGAUGGCGAGAAAUUAGUAAAAGAAGGCCAUUUCAUGUCCAACGAGAUCGAGGACAGGAUGUCCAUACUCCGCAGUAGACGGCAACACCUGGACGCCGCCUGGACCAACAGGGAGAGGAUCUACACACAACAUCUGGAUGCCCUGGUCUUCAAGAGAGACGCUGACGCACUGGAUAACUGGAUUACUAACAGAGUACCAUUAGUUCGCGACGGCAAAUAUGGCGAGAGCGUAGCUCAAGUAGAAGAACUGAUCAACCGCCACCGAGACCUGGAGGAAACCAUCGACGCACAGAAGGACAAGUUCAAUGCAUUGAAGAGGAUCACUCUUGUGGAACAGGCCUUCCAAAUGCAGCGUGAUGAGGAGGAGCUGGCUCGUCGUAAGUCUGCAGAGAGGCAGGAGGCUGACAGGCUCCAGCAGUACAGGAAGAGGGAGAUGGAGAGGAUCACUGAGGAGAGGAGGAGGGAGACUGCGCCCGUGCCUAUGGUUAGGGAGGCGGAACGUCUCCACACGUCGUCGGUGGCCCCUGCGUCGUCGGAGGAGACAUUGUCCCCGGCGCCACAGUUCGACAGACUGCCCAAGAAUGAACAACACGUAAAACGCGCUGAAAGUAUGAGCGUUGUAAAAACACAGAAGCGUACUCCAUCGUUCACCACACGUCGUCGCACGCAGAGCUUCAGGCGGCACGGGAAGGAACUCCCACCUGUCGAGAUUGAAGGUUUCCUAGAGCGCAAGCAGGAGGCAGGUCGCGGCGGUAAGCGUGCGACGGUGCGAUCAUGGCGCGCGUACUACUCCGUGCUCUGCGGACAGUUACUGUGCUUCUUCAGAGACGAACUAGACUUCGCCAGUGCCAAGGCCGCGGCGCCGCCUGUCGCUAUACUUAAUGCGCGCUGUGAACCGGCCGGUGACUAUACAAAGCGCGCUAACGUGUUCCGCCUGGCGUGCGCUGACGGAGCCGAGUAUCUGUUCGCUUGUAGCUCGAAGGAGCUUAUGAAGGACUGGGUGGCGAAGCUGUCCUUCCACGCGCAGUUACCCCCCGAGCUCCAGCUGACACCGUACUCCUCGGUGCCGCCUGGAGAGUCUCCCACUGCUGAGAUCAGGAGGAGACUGCAUGAGUAA